CGCGUAAGAACAGACAGUCGUUGUUUGUUUAUAGAAAAGAGAAAGAGGUUAAGGAUGUCGUUGUUUGGCGUCGAUAUUGCAAAGGUGGAUCAGGCUGUUGCGUCGCUGUUUGCUACUCCGGCCCCGGUUGCUAAACCCUCUCGAUCCAAGAGACAAAGACUUGAAGCCGAGUCGCUAGCCGCCGCUGCUGAGGAUGAAGAUGAUCUGGAGCUUUCUGAGGAGGUAGAGGAGCAGGAGGAGGAGACGAAUCAGGUGUCGAAGGAUAGCAAGAAGCGCAAGAAACGGGCUGCGCAGCUGGACGAGGAUGAUGACGAAGAGGACGCUGCUGCUGAAGAUCGGUAUUUGCAAAAACUGUUAGACGAAGAGUCAAAGUCGAAAAAGAAGAAAUCCAAGAAAGAGAAGAAGAGUGCGAAGCAGGAGGAGGUUGCUGCUGAGGUUGAAGAAGCUGUGGAAGACAAGAGCGACGGUUCAGACAGCGACGACAGCGAAGACGAACAAGACAGCGACAGCAAAGACGUCAAGCUCUUCGACGCAACCGGCGCUGCUAUGGUCCACGAGAGUCUGCUCGACGACAAAGACCAGCUCGACAAAGCCAAACGCACGAUCUUCAUCGGCAACCUCGCCAACAACGUCAUCUCGAGCAAGACCGAGUACGGCAAGCUCAAGAAGCAUUUCGCGCAGUACGGCAAGAUCGAGUCGAUCCGCUUCCGGUCCGUCGCGUUCUCGGAGAUGUUGCCGCGCAAGGUCGCGUUCAUCAAACACAAGCUGCACGAGAAACGCCACGCCGUCAACGCCUACAUCGUCUUCGAGACCGAGGACGCCGCGCGCAAGUCUCUGGCCGCGAACUCUACCGUCCUGCUCGAUCGCCACAUCAGAGUCGACAGCGUCGCCCACCCGGCCAAGCAGGACGCCAAGCGAAGCGUGUUCAUCGGCAACCUAGACUUUGAAGCCGAGGAAGAGCAGCUCUGGGAGCAUUUUAGCAAAGUGGGCGACGUCGAGUACGUGCGCAUCGUGCGGGACUCAAAGACAAACGUGGGUAAAGGCUUUGCGUACGUGCAGUUCAAGGACUCAAUGUACGUCGCCAAAGCGCUGCUGCUGAACGACACAAAGAUGGGCACGCGGAAACUGCGCGUCACCCGCGCGCGCAACAUCCCCGCAAAGACAACCGCGCGCCCGCUCGCGAAACCGACCGCCCGCGUGCUCGACCCGGACACAAAGGCCUCGCUCAACCGGACAAAGAAAGUCGUCGGCAAGGCUGAGCGGGCAAAGAUUUCCUCGUACCUCGAGGGCGAGCGGUCCUCGGUCGGCGGACCUGUCUCGCUGAAAUCGGGCGUGCGCAAGAAAUCUGAAAAGAAGCCACGGAUCAGGGCGCGCAGUACUGCGUUCAAGAAGAACUUGAAGGAGGGCAAGCCGACGCCUGGGAAGGCGGCUGAGGGGCAGAAGAAGAAAACCGGUGCUGAGAAGAAAUAGUUUACGCAUUAAUAGAUAUCACGUUCAAUAA